AGUUUCCGGUAUUUUGAGAACUAUUUUGACAUGCCGGGAUGUGUGGUGUGUGCCAGAUUAGUGGAUAUUAUUGACAAACAGGCAGGGAAAAGGCAAGAGGAGUACACAUUUUGGCCUGAUGUCUUAGAAUGCUUUGGCCAUGUAUAUCAGAGGGAAAACUUUGCAGAUGGUAAAGGAGGGUACUUUCCAACCUACAAAGCAGAUCCAUUAAAUUAUGUUGAACCCUGUAGUGAUGCGAUGAAAGGCUGGUUUAAGAAGCUGAAGGAUGCUGGGAAGGUUACAUUCCUACUCACAAGUUCACAUGUUGAUUACGCAGAGUCUCUACUGGAAAAUAUUCUAGGGAAAGAUUGGCAAGAUUACUUCCAUGUUGCUAUGAUGUACGCAAGGAAACCAGGAUACUUCACCAAAGAGCAAACAGAGAGACCUUUCUAUUCUAUUGUUAAUAACAAGGAAGGAGACGAGGUGAAUGAGAUUCAGACAGGAUGCAAGUAUCUACAAGGCAGUGUUCACACUUUUCAUUCAUACCUCAAGAAAAUGAGUGGAAAAGAAAAUCCAAAGGUGGCAUAUUUUGGUGACAGUGUCCGUUCCGAUGUUCUCCCGCCUCAAUCCGUUGGAUGGCAUCCGUUCCUCAUCUUAGAAGAAAUGGAAGCAGAAGGUUUGAUUGAAGAUCAAACAGAUGGACCACCAACUAAGAAAGGAAAGAUUACUGGUCCAUCAACAACCGAGAAAGAGUUCAUUACAUCAAGCAUAUGGGGCUCAUUCUUCACCGACCAGACAGUGUUAAACCUACCUGAUGGGAGCGUUCACACUGGAGGGGAUGAACAGGAUGGUAUGAAUGGACAAGUUGAUCGUCAGUUUGAGAGUCUGAACACAUUAUGGGGUUAUUUCAUCCAAACAUACGCAGAUGUAGCAAUACCACAGCUCGACUAUAUUGCAGAUCUCCCACUCGACCACCAGUUUGGUACAUUUGCAGACACCACACACCAUUCAGCAGGCUUCUACCCUCAACCUCCAGAAACUCUCAAGAAAAAAUGAAAGUCAACCAAAACAAAAAAAUAACAGUACUUGUGUUUGGUGUGUGAUUACAUUUAGCAGUAAUCAUUUAUUUUAUUCAGCAUUAAUUGAUCGCUCAUGAUCUGUAGUUACCUCAAAGUGGGUGCUCUCUUUAUCCUUAUGAAACUGGGGUAAUUUUUUAGGCUGGAAAAUCCUUUUUGAAUGGCAUUAUCAGAAGAUUUAACAUCACAAGAUUUAUCAUGGAAUGUGAUGAAGGAGGAUGUUUUAGCCACCCCCUCGCUAUUUUGGUGUUUAGCCUUAAAUCACAUACAUGUGCAUUAGAUUUCUGUAGCCCCCAGGUUAAUAAUUGUACCUUGUUUUAAAAUAAAAGUUAAAGCAAUGGUAAAUGGUUGGUUCAUUACUCAGAUUGGUUUAUUAAUAUCAUGUUGUGUGUUUUAAUUGUAUGUUUUCACAGAAUGCAAUAGCCUUCCAUUCAGUUUCGUUUUUGAAAGAAAGAUUAACUUAAGAACUAUUGUAUGAAACCUGAUAGGGUUAUAGUUAGGGUCAUCGAAGGGGGUAUAUUUGCUCCUACAUUAUCAGGUAAUGAAUUUCCAAUUUUGAUUAGGUAUGUCAGAACCUAAUUUAAUAAUCAUUAAAUA